AUGGCUUUUUUGAGUUAUCAGUUAGAAACGAAAAAUAUUGAUAAUACCAAAGCGGAUUUUGGAGAGUUAUCUUUUGAAGACCAGCAAAAAUUUUUGAUUUCCCUGCUAGAUAAAAACCUUUUGUAUAUUCCUUAUUGUGAUAUGGAAGAUAAGAGUUAUAAAAUUUCUGAGGAGGAUGUUGAUAAAGAAAAAUUUGUAGAAAGUAAUGGAGAAAAAUUUUGUUUGGAUUGCAAUUCUAAUAAUAACAAUAGAAACUUUUUGGAGUCCUUAAAUUCUGAAAAAUUAAAAGAAAUUUUAUCAAAAUAUCUGAAAUUAAAUGAUUUUGAUAGGAAUGACAAGGAUAGAUUGGCGGAACAUAUUAGCAGUAUGAUAGAUGAUUUUGAAAGUUUGAGUAAAAAUGCUAGUGAUAAAGCAUUAUCGUGA